ACCAGUUUGAGAAGUGGAAGCCUUUUUAAGGUAGAAGAACAAAGAUGAAAGAACCCCCGCUUUUACCACUGCUCUUCUCUCUCUCUCUACAUACUAAAGAAACAUAACUGCUCUCUCUCACACACACACGCUCAUACUGUCAUACACAUAUACAUACAAUUCGCACAUAGAGAGGGAGAGCCAGCAGAAGUGCUGCCGUCAAUUGUGAAUUCAGUAACUUCAACCUGAAAUCUGUCAUGUCGAACAAUCCAGGCGAAGCCCCCUCCGACGAUUUCCUCGAGCAGAUUUUAGGGUAUCAGAACUACGCCGCCGGAGCCGACUCUACUUUGGUCGGAAACGAAGGUCCGUCGCCUGCGAUGUUGCUGCAGCUCGGCUCGGGCGACGGCUCGGCUCAUCUAGGUGGAGUCGGCGGCAUGGGAAUCGGAAUAGGCGGCGGUUACGGCGUCGGAGGUGGCGGCGGCGGGUUUCCGCUGGGACUGAGCUUGGAGCAGGGCAAGGGAGGGUACAACGACGCAUCGGGUAGCGGGAAGAGGUUCCACCGCGAUGAUUUUGUUGAUUCCCGCGGUGCUGCCAUGAAAGGGGGUUUUCAUGGACAGCCGAUGAUGAACACUGUACAGGCAGCGCCCCAUCCGCCUGGAAUUCGUCCAAGGGUACGGGCCAGACGAGGCCAAGCGACUGAUCCACACAGUAUAGCUGAAAGGUUGCGGAGAGAAAGAAUAGCGGAAAGAAUAAGAGCAUUGCAAGAUUUAGUUCCCAGUGUCAACAAGACAGACAGAGCAGCUAUGCUUGAUGAAAUCGUGGAUUACGUCAAGUUCUUAAGGCUCCAAGUGAAGGUGUUGAGCAUGAGUAGAUUGGGAGGAGCUGGUGCAGUGGCUCCGCUUGUUACAGACAUCCCAAUAUCAUCAGUAGAGGAAGAAUGCAGUGACGGCGGAAGAGCUCAGCCGGCUUGGGAUAAAUGGUCAAAUGAUGGCACAGAGAGGCAAGUAGCUAAGCUUAUGGAAGAAAAUGUUGGAGCUGCGAUGCAGUUUCUUCAAUCCAAGGCGCUCUGUAUCAUGCCAAUAUCCCUUGCUUCGGCUAUCUACCACACACAACCUCCAGACACCACCUUCCUAGUGAAACCCGAAUCCGACCCCCCAUCCUAAUCCCUCAACACCAGGAGCUCGCCAAGCUCAUCCAAUCCAAACUUCUAAAUUCACUCUCCCCUUUAGUUGAAAUCUUAGUCAUAUCCCACACACCAACCUUUCCUUCACCCUGUUCCCGCCUCAACCAAAGGCGCUGACAUGUCAUAGCGCGUAGUGGAAACGUACGCCUCAUGUCCUCGGAAUAUUCAAGUGAAGAAGGGAAAGCAAAGUCAAACCUCUCUUGAUGUUCUUCUUUUGCUAUCAAUGGUGGAAUGACUGAAGCACUUUUUCUAGUGGGGUUGGUAGUGCAUUCAGGGGCCCUUCAAAGGUAUGAAUGUGUAAAUUGUUUUUAAGUGGUGUUAUUUUCAGUGCUUAGUGGAAAUGGAUACUUACACUAGAUAAUGGUUUACUUUUUGCCUUGAGAGUUUUGAAUUCAACAGAAAUCAAUUGUAGCAUUUGAAUUUUUCUUGUUUGUUUCUAAAAAGCAAUCUGACUUGUUUCUUGUUCUACUA